AUGAACUGGAGUUUUGUGUCGGACCAAGUAGAAGUCGUUUACAGCUUGCGUGUCUUCGCUCCAGGUUUGUCAAUGAAUGAAUUGAUUGCGCUCGGGAAGCGGAUCCACGUCAAGAUUGUGGACGCUCAGCUGGUCGUUGGCAUCGAUGGUCAAUUCGAAGAGUCAACUCCAGUAGUGGUUGUGGAAGUUGAGGUGAAUGUGGAGGCGAAGCGGCACGAUGACACUAGCUAUGAUGGACAGCAAGUGGAACGUCGUAGUCGAUAUGGACUGGUCGCUCAAUGGGCCGCUCUACAAGCUAUCUCAUGA